ACUAUCUGAAAAACAUGGAAGUCUUUGUAUUAAAGAUUGAAGAUCCAGGUUGCUUUUGGGUUACUAUGAAAGGAUGUGGGCCUUUCGUAGUCGAUGAAGUGGCAUAUAAAAAACUGAAUGAUGAAAUGAAUCAGUUCUAUGAUAAAUCUUACAAAGAUGUGGAUGAAGUAAAGCCAGUAACAGUGGAAGAAGGCCAGGUUUGCGUGGUUUUCAGUGAGGAACUCAAAUGUUGGUGUAGAGCAGUUAUUAAGUCAGUCAUGUACUGUACAGAUCAGUAUCAAGCGGAAUGUUUCCUUGUGGAUUAUGCAAAAUACAUUUUUGUUAAAUCGAAGGACAUUCGAGUGCCUCUGGAAGCAUUUAUGCAGCUCCCAUAUAGAGCAAAAAAGUGUAGACUGUAUCGCACAAGGCCAGUGACGUUGCGUAUCGACUUGUGUGAAGAGACUGCAAAAAUUGUACCAGCCAAACGAUGGGAUAGUGCUGCUACUUGGUAUUUUCAGAACCUUCUCAAAGCCACUACUCAUAUGAAAGCCAAGUUAUGUGCCGUAGAAGAUAACACAUUCGAUGUUUUUCUUUAUGUGAUGAUAAAAGAUGAAAAGGUAUGCGUUAAUGAUGAUCUUGUCUCAAAGAACUUUGCUCGUUUUGAGGAAGCUGAAGGCAGUACAAGGAGUUCUACAGAUUAUCAGGAGAAUCAAACAUCAUUAAAUGCUGAGAGUCUUCCAGUGAAAAUUGUUAGUCCUACGCUUGCUUUCAGGCCAGUGCUAUUUCAGGAGAAGAUACCAACAGAUCUUGGAACAGGUCUUGCUGUUUCCAGUUCCUCCGUUGAAGGCACACGCCAAAGGUUAAGCGCAGAUCCACAUGAAAACAGUGCGCCGAGUUCUCAAAAUCUUAGUGAAGAAAGAAACUUUAUCUUUCUUAGCAACAAAAUUGAGCCAUCAUCAAGUCUGGAAACAGCACCACUUUUUCAUGAGCUCAAAAAGGAACUUGCUCGAAAAAAAUUUUUAGGCCCUAACUUCACAGAGUCUUACUGUUGGCCUUCAGUAGCUCGAGGAUGUGAUGUAGUUGCCGUCUCAUAUCAGGGAAAUGAUCCUUUCAUAUAUAUUCCACCACUACUUACUUUAUUGCAGUUGGAAAGUUGCUACAAAGCCUUGACAAACAAGAGUGGACCACUAGCACUUAUUUUAUGUCCUGGGUGGAAGAAGGCACAACUUGUUUUUGAGCUGCUGAAAACAUACGAGAGAUGCUGCAGACAGUUUCAUCCGAUGUUGAUAAUACUUGGGCAGAACAAAGCUGCAGCUAGCAGUGUGAAAAUACAAGGCUGUGAAGUAAUCGUGACUACACCGUAUAGCUUCCUGAGACUGUUUGAACAUCACAAUUUAUUUUGUCGACUUUGCCAUCUUGUUCUUGAUGAGAUGGAGGUGCUGUUCUCUGAUGCUGCUGAACAGGUUUUUACUAUAUUAGAUUAUUACAAGAAAGCCACUGUUAGUGAAGAGUGGGAGUAUUCACCACAUCAUAUCAUUGGUGUUGGAACUCAUUGGAAUAAACACAUAGCACAUUUGACAAAGGAGUUCAUGAAUGAUCCUUAUAUUAUGAUAACAGCUAUGGAAGAAGCUUCCAUCUAUGGAAAUGUGCAACAGGUUGUGCAACCUUGUGUGAACAGUGAGAGAAUUGCUGUGCUACUCAAAAUACUGGAUUUUACCCACAGUAAUCCUCAGAAGGUGCUGGUAUUCACUAAUUCAGUAAAUGAAGCAGAUGUGAUUCAUGAGGCACUGAAGAGCAACUCAAUAUUUUCCUUGAAAAUACAUAAAGAGAGCAAUUCCAAGUGUAUCUUAGAGCAAUGGACAAAAAAGUAUAGUUCUGGCACUCCUGUUCUGUUAGUUUCAACAGAUGACUGCAUGCAGUCUUUGGGAAUUACAGAUGCAACUUGCGUGAUACAUUUCAGUUUUCCUUCUCCAAGAAUCUUUGGUCAGCGUCUGCACAGCAUGUCUGACAACUUCUGUAAUGUGAGUAAAUCUUUAAUGGAUCAGGAACAUACAAAGGCAAGGUCAGUCAUUUUGCUCACAGAAAACAGUGACUGUCAUGCACUUGGGAUCCUGCGCUUUUUGCAGCACGCGGAAGCUGAAAUUCCACCAGAACUGCAUGAUUUUACUGCCAAGAUGCUAGAAGCUGAAGAAGAUAAGAAAUUUUCAAGGCCACUGUGUGCCUAUCUUAAAACAUUUGGGAUUUGCAAGAAUAGAGCAGCUUGUCCAGAUCGUCAUCAAAUUAAUAUGCAAAUGGAUAUACCCCAGAAUAUACCUGAUAAAAUUCUACAAGCACCUGGAUAUGUGACAAUAUUGCCUCUCCACAUUGUAAGUGCAACAAAUUACUUUGGUCGAAUAGUAGAUAAACAAAAGGAUCAAUAUACAAUUCUUGCUGAAGAAAUUAAAGAGUAUUUUAAGAAUCCUAGUAACAAAAUUUCUGUUAAAAAGGUGAAGGCACUAGCAUUUUAUGGAUUAUAUGAGAAAAGACUUUUUCACAGGGUUCAGGUGGUAGAGAUUUACCCAAAAGAGGAGGAAAAUUUGUUCUUUAGUGUCAAAAUUAAAUACAUAGAUGAAGGCAGAACAAAUCAAGUUCAGAGCUGUCAGCUGCUUCACUUGCCUGCAAGGUUUCAGUGUCUCCCACCUCAGGCUGUGGAAUUCAUAGUUUGUAGAGUGAAACCCAUUGAUAAAGAAAUUGAAUGGAACCCAGAGGUAACUCAUUACAUACAUCACAAAAUCAAAGGAAAACCACAUGAAGCAAAAAUAGUACAUACCUUGGGAAAUACAGCUUGGGUUGACCAAAUGGUCCGUGUAACCAGGCUGUCAGAGUUGAAGAUAACAGCCAAUGAAUACAACGUUCGGUCUGAGAUUUUGUCUACGGGUCUGGGGAUUGACAAUCCAGAACAUAUAAUGCAACUUCAGAAGUUGUGUGGACACCUGAAAGUAUUAGAUCACACAGAGAGCCUGGAGUCUUUAAGCAUAAAGGAGGAUACGGCUGACCCAGAGAACGUGUUCAAUGCACAGAGCGUGUCAACCCAAGAAAACUCUACUGAAAACUGUAAUUCUUCUAAUAUUACUUUCAGGACUCAUCCAUGUGAUGGUGUACCUCAGACUAAGGAAGCAGAAGAAGACACUACCUUCCAUCAUCAGCAGUGCUUUCACCCACAAAUAAAGUGGUUUCAAAAUGAAGAGACCGUUACAGUGAAGGUAGAAAUAGCAAGUGUAGCUGACCAUAAAUGUGAGUUCUCUAAAGAGAAGGUGGUUUUCAGUGCUUGUUCAGGAGACAAAUUUUAUUUGGCUGACAUGGAGCUGCAUCAGUAUAUACUUGCAGAAAAGUCUACAUGUGUGAUUAAGGAUAAAGAGGUUGUUAUUAUUCUCGUGAAAGAGCAAAAAGGAUCAUGGUGCAAAUUACUGAAGAACAAGAAUAAUCACGUGUCUCUUGAUUUUGAACACUGGGAAGAUUGUGAAGAUGAUAGCCCUUUCCCAGCUGGUACUAAAAAACUGUACUGCACUGGUGCAGUAUCAGAAGAUUUGGUUGACUCCUCAGAAGUCAGUGGAACAGAAAGUGAUGACUAAUUUGGAGACAGAUUUUAAAGCAUGUUGGUUUCCCUGAUGUGACUAUAUGAUGAUUCAGCAUAGAGAUGAGAAUUUACGUGUUUAUUUAAAGAAGCCUGAAACAUUGGGAUGCCUUUACUUCAAGAACAGGAGAAGGACUGUAUCAAUAUGUUUAUGCUGACAGUUUUUCUAAUACUAGCAUAUAAUAAAGCUGCUGCUUUAAGAAUAUUUAAGAGUACUGUUGAUGCCAGUGGAAAACCACCAUGUGACACAAAAAGUUGUAAUUGUUAAUGUAUGGUU